AUGCUCACAAGGGAUGCAGUUAUACAGAGUGAUGGGAAAAAUGUGGUCCAAGGGAUGCAAGAUCCAUUUCUGAGAGUUUUCGAAGUUGGUGCCACAGGAAAAGCCCUGAAGGAUGUCAUUGCUGUUGGUAUCGGUGGCAGCUUCUUAGGUCCUAACUUUCCAAUCCAGAGGCUAUCGAAACAGCAAGGGGAAGGCAACUGCAUUUGUAAGUACUUACGUAUCAAUUUUUAA